CAUGUACCUUAAAAAAUAAUUCAUGUCAAUUGGUUAUUAUGUACUUUAUUAAGUAAAAUGAUGUGCUUAAGAUGGGGUAACCUUCAUUAAGACGGGGUAACCUUCGUUUUAGCAGUGAUUAUUUUCACAUAGAGGAAUCACAAUAAGCAACAUAAAUUAAGGCAAAGUGAUGACAACGACAGGCUAGGCUACUUCGAGAGGCUUAAUGGGACAUAUCUAUGGCAUAGCUCAUCUCGCAUUACUGGAUGAGUCCGUCAAACCUAAGAUUUAUUUCUAAGAUUUAUUUGCUUUGCAGUUGUGUCACAGUGACAUUCAGGGAGGGGGCAGAAGUAGCUAUACAGUAAGUGCUGGGUUAUAAAGUUUCAAUUAAUCUACGGGCUGGAGAUCAGCCGUAAACAUUUCAACUACAGUUGUCUCAGGGACCCCAAGCUCGUGAGUGACUCACUCGGAAAGAAAAUUUAAUUCCAAAAUCUGGUGGUAAAUUUGGUCACAAAGGAACGAAAUUAUCAGCUAAUGAACAUUCAUUAACUUGCUUAGUUGCUUAUUUAUUGCUUUCACUUUCAUUUAUGCAGCUUAUUUCACUGUAACAAUUUGCAGUGAUACUGCAUUUAUGUUAAAAUAUACUGUAUUGACUUAUUGUACAUGUUUUGUUUGAAAAGAAAAAAUAUUAUGUAAAAUUUUUUUUAGAAAUAUAUAUAAUCUGCUCAUAUUAAAUUAAUUUAUACAUUAUACAUUACUUUCUAAUUCCUAUCUUGUUAUUUCAGAUUAGUAGUCAUAUUUCUUAAAACACAAUUGUGUUUUUUUUUUUGCUGAAGCAGCCCUAAAGUUUCAUAUUUUCUCACUUACAGUUAUAGGCAUGUGACGUCAAGAGGCUUUCACCUAUAGGAAGAAAUGGAUGCAUUUAUUUCAAGAAGAAUUGUGCUGUUGGGAAAAACAGGAUCUGGGAAGAGCGGAGCAGGAAAUGUUAUCCUGGGGGAAGAGAGGUUUAAAGUUUCCACUCAUCCUAACAGUGUAACAAAGGAUUGUCAAACAGAAGAGGGAACCGCAUAUGGCUGGAACAUUACAGUGACUGACACACCAGGGAUCUUUGACCGUGGGAGGUCUGAUGAGGACCUGAAGUAUUCCAUAAUACCCUGUCUCAUUCACUGUGCUCCUGGUCCACACGCCUUCAUCUUAGUGCUGAAAGUGGGAAGAUACACUGAAGAGGAGGAAGAGUCAGUGAAGAUGAUACUGCAGUACUUUGGGAAUGAAGCCCUGAAGCACACAGUUGUCCUCUUCACACAUGGUGAUGAGCUUGAGAAAAACCAGACCAUUAAAAAGUUUGUGGAGGAGAACAAGGAUCUGAAGGAACUUGUUGAUAAGUGUGGAGGCCGAGUCCAUGUCAUUGACUCUAAGUACUGGAACAAAACAGAAGAGGAACCGGGCCAAGGGUCAGGAAUACCUAUCAGCACUGGUAGACACGCAUAUGAAUCAGAGUACAGGAGCAACAACUUUCAGAUUAAAGAGCUGCUGACAACUAUAGAAAACAUGGUGAAAGACAGUAGAGGCUCUUAUUACACCAAUGAAUCACUCAUGAAAAUAGCAGAAGAUAUAGAAAUUGAGAUGAAAAAGAUAAUAGAAGAGAUGGAGGAGAGAGGAGAGAAAGCAGAGGAAUCUGAGAUCAGGAGACAAGCAAGAGAGAGAGUGAAGAGAAAAACUCUUAAAUUACUGGCAUUUGAAAUCGGGAAGAGAUUGCUCGCUGGAGCAGGAGUGUUUGCAAUUGGACUUCUGAUGAGGGCAGGACCCACAGGAUCCAUAGGAAUUAUAGGAGCUAUCAUAGCUCGAUUCUUAGCUGCAUUUAGAAUUUAGUGGUCAGGGGGCAGGGGUGGCAUGGUGGUGCAGUGGUCAGCACUGUUGCCUCACACCUCUGGGACCCGGGUUUGAGUCUCCGCAUGGGUCCCAUCUGUGUGGAGUUUGCAUGUUCUCCCCAUGUCGUCGUGGGGUUUCCUCCGGGUUCUCCGGUUUCCCCCCACAGUCCAAAAACAUGCUGAGGCUAAUUGGACUUGCAAAAUUGCCCAUAGGAAUGCAUGUGAGAGUGAAUGGUGUGUGAGUGUGCCCUGCGAUGGGCUGGCCCCCCAUCCUGGGUUGUUCCCUGCCUCGUGCCCAUUGCUUCCGGGAUAGGCUCCGGACCCCCCGCGACCCAGUAGGAUAAAUGGUUUG